GCAAGAUCUUUGAUUUGUUUACAUAUACUGACGCCGGUACGCAUUAUUGUCUCAUUACAGAGUGGUUGACGUUGCAUACAAACGGUGAAUAAAAUCGGGUUGCAAAACAAGUCAGCUGCCAAGAUUGUCUGUUAUGAGGUGGACGUGCAUGAUGUUGGCUUCAGGCUUCUUCCAUGGGAGACGUCUAGGAUCAUUUUUGAGUUUGCCACAUAAGUUACAACAAAUAGCUGCAUAUAACUCGUAUUGGCCAGUUAUGCGAUUUUGCAGCAUACCAGUGAUACAAAACCACUCCUUGCCUCUGUGUUGCAUAAAUUUUGUGCCGUUCAGAGGCUAUGCUAAAGGAAAAGACAAGAAGAAAGAGAAGAAAGGUACCUUCUGUAUUCAUCUGUUAUACUGGAUGAAUCAAAUAUGCUACAAAUAUAUUUCUAGGAAAGAAAAAGAUUGAAAUUAAUGAGACCAUGUUGGGAGAAAUUGUAGAUGUUGAAAGUAUGAAAGCUCAGAUGAAGAAAGCAGUAGAUACUCUGAAGGAUGAAUAUAUUAAGAAUCUCUCUCUUCGUUCAACAACAGGUUCAAUUGAGUCACUCAAAGUACGAUUCGAAGGAAAGGAUUUCACAUUGCAGGAACUUGCACAAGUUAUCAGGAAGAACCCAAAAACUGUAAUUAUUGAUGUUUCAACAUUUCCUCAGGCCAUUCCGUCAGUGCUUCAGUCAAUACAGAAGUCAGGGAUGAAUCUCAAUCCACAGCAAGAUGGAACAACGCUGUACAUUCCUGUUCCAGUGGUAACAAAGGAAUACAGAGAAACUCUUGCAAAAAAUGCAAAAGUUCUUUUUAUCAGAUGCCGUGAUAAUGUGAAAGAUGUGCAAAAUCGAUAUAUUAAAAAGGUGAAAACUCUUGCAGAUAUUUCAGAGGAUACAUCUCACAGUGUUCAAGAACAGAUUGCUGCUUUCGCAGACCAAUAUUUGGCAGAAGCAACAAAGAUUUUCGAAGCCAAAGAAUCUGAGCUCUUACGAUAAGGAAGAUCUAAGGUGUCUAGUGUGAAUGUUUUAGCUGUAUAAAUGUCUUUGAAUGAUAUUGAAAAUGUGACUAGAGACACUGAUAAAUGUGUAAUUAGUAUACAUUUGGGUUUUUGUUGUGAAAUAAACUGAAAAGAGA